CUACAAGCAAGACCAUUCGACAGCCGCCGCAAAGGUUUCGGUUUAGUUUUUUCGUUUGUUCUGGAGGAAAGAGAUACAGCAGCCACUUUCCACUGCUGCAGUGUCAUAUCAUGGUGUAUUGGGGUUUGGCGAGAUAAGUUCUGCCCGCAGUGAUGGGUUGCUGCUGUAGCGCCCCGAAUGAGGCCAAGAAAAAAGAAGAGUCUCGUCCUGCCGAGCCAGUCAAUCAGCAACAGUCUUUCGGCAAGCCGGGCGGACCUGGUGGCCAAGGAGCUUUACCCCCUGCCCCUCGAGCAGCUGCAGCUACUCCCACACCACGACAGCAGGACAUUUUUAUUGCCCUGUAUGAUUACGAUGCAAGAACAACAGAGGAUCUGACUUUCAAGAAGGGUGACUCCCUUCAAGUCUUGAAUAACCAGGAUGGAGAUUGGUGGCAAGCAAGAUCGUUGGUCACAGGAACUACUGGUUACAUUCCCAGCAAUUAUGUCGCUCCACAAGAAAGCAUGGAAGCUGAAGAGUGGUUCUUUGGCAGAAUCAAGCGUGCUGAUGCUGAAAAGAAGCUGCUGGCACCUGGAAAUCCCCACGGUACUUUCCUCGUCCGUGAGUCAGAAAGCCAGCCCGGAAACUAUUCCCUCUCUAUCAGAGAAGCAGAUUCAGUGAAGCACUACCGCAUCAGAAGUAUGGACUCUGGAGAGUUCUACAUUGCCAGCCGUGCCGUGUUCCGUAACCUUAAGGAUCUUGUCCAGCAUUACAGCAAUACUGCUGAUGGCCUGUGCUCGACGCUCACUAAGAUCUGUCCUAAGAAUGACCAGCCCACUAUGCAUAGUCUGUCACAUAACACAAAGGAUCAGUGGGAAAUUUCACGGUCUUCACUGCAGCUGCGGCAGCGUCUUGGUGCGGGUCAGUUUGGAGAAGUAUGGGCUGGUAUUUGGAAUGGCACGACAGCCGUGGCUGUCAAGACGCUCAAACCGGGCAGCAUGACACCGGAGGCUUUCCUCGAAGAAGCUCAGAUCAUGAAAAAGCUGCGGCAUGAAAAGCUUGUACAGCUUUUUGCCGUCUGUUCACAGGAAGAGCCCCUGUACAUCGUAACUGAGUUGAUGCCAAAUGGAUCACUCUUGGACUACUUGCAGAAGGGCGAGGGCCGAUUCUUGAAGCUUCCCAUUCUCAUCGAUAUGGCCGCACAGGUUGCAUGCGGCAUGGCUUACCUGGAGACACAAAACUAUAUCCAUCGUGAUUUGGCUGCAAGAAACAUUCUAGUCGGACAUCAAAACCUUUGCAAGGUUGCUGACUUUGGUUUAGCACGUGUGAUCCAGGAUGAUGAAUAUUGUGCAAGAGAAGGUACUAAGUUCCCCAUCAAGUGGACAGCGCCUGAAGCUGCUCUUUACAACAGAUUCUCCAUCAAGUCUGAUGUUUGGUCAUUCGGAAUCUUCCUGACGGAGUUAGUAACGCAUGGUCGUGUGCCAUACCCCGGAAUGACCAAUGCUGAGGUUCUCAGACAGGUUGACCGAGGCUAUCGCAUGCCAACGCCGCCAGGCUGCCCAGAUCCCCUCUACCAGAUCAUGCUCGACUGCUGGAAGAAGGACGAGCAGGAAAGACCUACAUUCGAAUACCUCAAAUAUCGCUUGGAGGAUUACUUCGUUGCUUCUGAGGCUGCUUACAAGGAGAUGUGCUGAGUAACACACCAACAUAACUUUUGACGACCACACAAUGCAUCAUGCGGCCCUUAUGCGGUGCUUGAUGUUGCAUACCAGCUACAGUCAAUACAACGACAUAUCAAUAAAAUCAUAUAGCUCAUUUAUUACAGUGCUUUUAUUUUGAGACGCAUACUGUUCCAUUCCCAUUCCAUAGUUUCCCAGCGGGAGUUGUAAUAGUGGGGUCUCGUUCGGUCCACUUUCUUCCUCAUUCUUCCUCCUAUACUUUUUUCUCCUACUCCCGCUUUGCAUCAGCGGGGUGUCACUAAACAUAUCAUUAACUGGGAUCAGUGUGCGUGUGCUACAUAAUAUGCACUGUUUUUUUUUUCCUUUCUUUUUUUGCUUCUGUUUUCUGGUGUCUGUCCCCCACACAGCCUUACUAAGUUUCCCUAAUCUUUUAUCUAUUGGGCUGAUUUCCCUCCACUCUUCGCUGAACUAAAGCUAACUCAAUGCAGAUGCUUCUUCAGAAUACAGUACCUGUUGUCAUUAAUUUUAUGAUUCAGCUCUCCAUGACUAUGCCACUAUGUGCUGUCGUGUGUAUACACAUAGUGGCAAGAUGGCAUUGUGUGCUGCGCUUCAAAGUUUCUCAUGGUAUCAAUAUGGUAGCUGAUUUUUUUUGGUUUUGUAGCUAGAAAGUGUUCCCGCUCCUCCUUCAAUGUCAACAGCGUGCAUAUUUAAAAGUUAAAAACCCUUCAUAAUCAGCAUGUGCGCUUGCUUCCUUGGGUUCCAGAUGAUAUCGCUAAGCUUCAACAAUG